GUAGUGCUGAAAGAAAUAGGGAACAAGACUGAUGAUGACGGGUUUCAUUUUCGCCGCCGCUGAUCGAGGUACAUGUAAUGGUAGGACGAUUGCAGCCUCAAAAAGGUGUCUUUACCUGAAAGUACGUCUGCAAUGAAAGCAUUGGCAUGGAUGACAGAGAUCUCAUGCGUGGUCGCUUCCGUUGGCUCUUGGUCUGGAUGUCAGACAUGCUUGUUGGAGAAGAUGUUCACAAGGCCAAGAUGUUGCUCCGUGAUCAGCUGGGCCUUGCUGACUACGACUCAAUCCAAAACGAUGGACUGAAACUACUGGAGGCUCUAGAGAGGGGAAAUUUGAUCCAUGAGGGAGACACAGAUGUUCUUCGGAUGUGUCUGACAAGAUUGGAACGGUAUGACAUCCUAGAAACCUUGGAUGAGUAUGAGCGAGAGCGACAAGUGGUCUCCAGGAAGCUACUGCUGAAGGCAUCCUCGGUCGAUGGACCCUACUUUGGCCAUGCUGACAUCCUAGACGAGAUCGUGAGCAUCCUGGAUGACGAAACCCAUGACCACAUCCAUUUGUUCUGCAUCAGUGGUAUGUCGGGAACUGGGAAGACGAGGCUGGCCAAAGAGGCUUGCUUCCGUAUGCGUCAGUUCCACAAAAUGAUCUUUGUGGAUCUGCGGGAAUUAGAGACGAUUGAAGCCAUCUUUUUUGCCAUCAUGCAUGCAUUUGGAAUGGAGUGUCGAGAUUAUGAACCCCAGGCCAUGUACAACUGUUUGAGAUCCUACGAUGCUGUACAACAUGGUGGGGCUGUGUUGGUCCUUGACAGCACUGACCAUCCCCUUGACCCAGGGUCGGCUGCCUGUCCUAAUCCAACCUACGAAGCCUUUGUGGAGAUGCUGGAAAACAUCACCAACUUACCCAACAAGAGGCUAAAGCUGUUAAUUACUUCCCGCUAUGGCAUGGAAAGCAUCGGGAUCAAGAGGCAAUCCUUUGACUACUGGAAACUGGAGGGAGAUAAUGAAUUGGCCAUGGAGAGUGCCGUAGAGAUGAUGAAGUACCAUGCUGGCAAAGCUACACUGGAUGACAAGGAAGCAGAAGAGUUGGCUAAUUUAUGUGGCAAAAUACCCCUGGCUCUCAAGGUGGUUGCUAGUCGCCUCCAAGAUCAGACGGUCCAACCCAAGGAUCUGAUCCGUUACUUGUCAUCAGGAUCGGGGGAGCAAGCCUCUCGCAUCACCCGAGCUCUGAGCCAUCUUGGGUUGGCACUGAGUGACCAGAUUGGCCCCUGUUUGAAGACGUCAAUUGAGUCUUUGCCAGAAGUCCAUCGACGCAACCUGGUCAAGCUAGCUGUCAUCCCAGGCUCCUUCACCGUAGAGGUAGCCCGAGUGAUUCUGGGCUACCCGCGCAAGAAUCAGAUGGAACUACAGCUGGACCUGCAGGCCUUGAAGUAUCGCAGCCUCCUGGAGAGCAAGCAAGACGAUGGUGAAAGAUCUAAGAAAGAGGGCAACGUCCGUUACUCCUUGCAUCUACUCCUCAGGUCCUUUGUGGAGGAGAUGGCUCAUGAAUCAGAGGGUGAUUUGCAGCAAAUCUUCAAAGCUGCUGAAGUGCAAUUCGUUGACUACUUUGGUAAACGGAUGAAGAAGAUUGCUAAGAUGCUCCAAGUCAAGGCGGUGGUCGCCCUUGCUCGUCUCCAGGAUGAUGCCGCCAACUAUCUUAAGGCUCUGAACAUCAUCAAGGUGUCCAAAGAGUAUCACAACCCAGACACAAUCUUCUGGAUGUACAUUGUUGUUGAGAUGCUUCUCUUCACUGAUGGCCGUAUCAAGUUCUACCGGGAGCGUGCUGAGUCGGCAAAGAAAUGUGGUCAAAUGCAAGUGUAUGCAGAAAGUAAAUGCUAUGAGGUGUACCAGUUGAGCCAACUUGGGUACAAGGCAGAUGAUCUCCUUCCCAUGCUCAAAGAAGCUGAGGAUGAACUCACGAAACUUGACAAGGAGAAGCAGCCAAUCAGCGUUCAGCUUAGCCUGGCCACCUGCUAUCACUUCCAAGGCGAUGUCCACCUGAACAACCGUAACUGGAAGGAGGCCUUACCACAGAUCCAGAAGGCGGUAGACAUCCGUAAGCGGUACCUGGGGGACCACUUGCUGACAGCGAGGGCCUACAACUCCCUAGGAUCAGCAUUUCAGGACAAAGCAUUGAUUGACCCUAGCUUGGCUCCAGCGUUUAUUAAGAGCGAGAAGGAGAAGGCAAUGGAUUGCUACAGGAAAGCUCUGGACAUCUGCAAGAAAACGACCGGGCCUGACAGGCUGCACCUUGAGUCCCCAACGUUCCUCAUGAACUUAGGGACUUGCUUGCAUGACAUGGAGCAGUAUGACAAAGCUGUGGAAUACUACCAACAAGCCUUGAAGGAGGAGAGACUGCUGGGAAUGGAAGGAACAGACAAGACCUGUACUACCCUCAAGAACAUUGCUAUGAGCUACUACGAGAUGGAAAGGUACGAUGAUGCAAUUCCCAUCGCUAAGAAGGCCAUGGAGGGUCGUAAGCGAAUCCUCGGGACCCACCCUGCCACAGCACGGAGCAUCUACUUUGUGGGAUCACUUAAUCUGACCAACCGUAACUACAAGGAAGCCCGCAAGUACCUAGACGAGGCCUUGAGGAUGGAGGAAGAGUUGUGGAGGAAAGGGAUGGAUAAAAGUAUCGAUUGGACCAGGUUGAAGAACAAGAUUGAGUUCUUGAUGACAACCCUUGGCAAAGAUGCAGCAUUGUCUCUCUAUAAGAAACGCUUUCGGGAGGCAGAGAAGAAAUCCAAUCAGCACAAGCCAAAGCUAGACGCCCCUGAAAAUAGCGAGACAGAGUCCAGCACCUCAUCAUCCUCUGAAUCCAUUCCGAAAAGGAAGCGAAGGGCUAACUCCAGCACAGAUUCCCACAGCUCUGGUUCUCCUGUUGACAGGACUGAUGGCUUGCCUAUGCAAGGGACUGGUGCAAAAGCAACCCAGCCAGAAUUCUCCAAGAAGCGAGAGAAAAAAAUGAGAGCAUCUCGAGUUGAUGAUGAGGAAACAGACUCCACCAUCACCAGUGUGUCAGGAGUGUCCAUCAAGAUGGAAAUGGGUGACAUACAGGUGCAUUUCCCGCCACCUGCUCCUCCUGAGGAACCUGUCAAUGCCGAGUGGCCUCGCUGCAUCAUCUGUUAAGGUGAGAGUUCAGAGGAACAAAGGUCAACACCUGUCAUUUCUGAAAAGGACCUACAAAUCCAGACUCAUUCCAUUCUAAUAAUCGCAGAAUAGGACGAAGUUUUGUUCUUAUGUUUAGAUUGUAAAUUUAGUGUCCAAGAUUUGUUUGUAACUUAUUGAACCUGACUUGUAUUCGGUUUUUUUCACAGUACUAUCAAUUUGACAGAUUUAGUUUUCAAGAGUUACAUUGGUCGUGUUGGUACAAGGUAUCUGAAAAACGUGUUACACAAUCCACACAGUGUAUAGCUUUGUCAACGUUGAACAAAGUGUAAAAAAUGCGCUCACAAAAAUUAUACAGUUUAUUCCUGGAGGUAUGUUGGUCAUUCUUAUGAGAACUAAUUUGUUUAAAUAUAUCCCAUUAUGCACCUUUGCAGUCCAGACUGAGAAUAGCCUGGGCAUUAUGGGAUAUAAAAUCAAAACAAUGUGUAGUACGAUGGUCAACUGUCGGAUAUAUUGUGGUAUUUAAGACACAAGACAUAACAAUCUUGAAUUAUCCAAAGAGAAUGUAUAAUGUGAGGUUGGACUGGAAUUUCUUUUUACUCCAUCUUUCCCCCGUUCUUUUGCUCACAUCAUCCACUAUCCCAAGUUUCCCUCACUUUUAUUUUGGAAAGAGUUCCAUACACCAACAUCACUUCGCACCCUUUGCACAAACCCUAUGUGACUGGUCUGAAAAAUUCUAAGUAUUUCCAAGUGCAAAUGUUUCACUACUUAAUUCCUGCUAAAUCAGUCUUUCUAGGCUGUUUUAAUACCUUCCAUUGGCUGAUUUACUGCUACAGGAAAAGUUAGUGAUGUCCGUAUGUAGAACUCUUACCGUUUGACCCUCCAAGGUGGGAAAUCAAAUGUCACAUCCUCCAAAUGUAAACAGUACCUGGUGAAAAAGUGAUGUUUUUUAAUAAUGCUAACUUUCCAGUAUCAUGUUGACCAAAUGGUUGAAUGUCUUAUGGAUUACUGUAAGAAAGUAGAUAAACUUGAACAAGAGGAAGCCUGCAAAAUAUUUUAAUCAAGAACUUUAUUUUGAAAUAGUGAGAUUGAAGAGAAAGAGAUAUUGUAGCAUUCCAUUUUGUAGUUGGUUGUGUAUAUGUAUUCAGAGGAUGCUAGCAUUGAAGAUCCAGACAUUGAAACAGGUAUGCUUAAGCGUCAGUUAACAGCCGCCGAAUUCCGUUACCCCAGACACCCUCAGCAAUUCAACAAUGUGGAUCUGCCUUGAAUGAGAAGCAUUACACAACAAUCAUUAAAUUGUAAAACUCGAAAUAAGGGUAGGUGUUAACUCAAGUUUCCUGUUUCCAUAAACUAAUGUAUGCUGUUGUUACUCAGAAUCUCAGAUUUUGUAAUUCAGCUUUGGAUGCAAGAGAGAAAGUUUUGCUUUUUGAAUCAUACUGCUUGAGAAGCUACUGAGUCAUUUUAAUGACUAAGGAGUAAUCAUCAUUUUUGUGCAGUUUAAUUGCAGUAGACACAUGAACCUUGCUUGUUAACUUUGCGUUGUUGUACAACCUGUAAUCAGCGGUUUGAUUUGAGUGAUUUUGGUUUUUAUCAACCGAGGUGUAAUGUGCUCUAAAUAUUUCCUUUUUGAAGCCUUCUUAGAAGUAGGUAAGACAGUUGAAGUAGCUAUUUAAAGAGUAAUUACUAUUGAUAGAACACUUCUCUGAAUUUUGAGUGGAAUUAAGUUGUGGCACUCUUGCUACUUAUCUUUCUGGUCAAAUAUGUUUAAAAAUCCAGCCGCAUUGUAUGAAACAUAGUUUGUUUUUCACCACUGUGACGUUUGCAGCUUAUUUUAGGAAUUUUGGCCUGAAAUAGUUACUUUCUUGCCGUCUUUUGCAGCUUAUGUAAUCUUACUGGAUAAUUUUUUUGAAUUGCAAUUGAUGUCAGAGUGUUUUUUGUUUAAAUUUGUGUUUUGCCAAGUUACCAGUUCUUUGUUUUAGUGUCACCAAGUUACUCAACCAUAAAAUGGUUAAAUGUUUAAAAUAGCUCAUCCAUGUCAUGUUUGCUUAAGUAACUUAACAACUACUCAGUCCAUUCCAGCGAUAUAGUUUAUACAAAUCUUUAUUGUAAAACUAGUGUUUAUUCCAGUAGAAUAAGAUAUAUACUCGGUAAGUAUCAUGCAAGAAUGUGAUUGAGACUUGUCUCAGUGCAGGAGUUUUCUACACUGUUUAAUCGGAUGGCAUGCACAUUGCAUGUUCAUGUUGUCUUUCCUUUGCUGAAAUAAAGUCAAGCGUGCUGCUCUGCAAGUUUGAGGAAUUGCA